ACCGGGGCGGGCGCGGGCCGCCAUGGCGUCGCCCCCGCUGUCGGCGGCGGGCGGGAGCGGCGGCGAGCUCAGUUCGGGCUCCGAGGCGGCGGCCACGGGCGCGGCGCUGCCGGACCGGGACCUGUCCGCGCUCUUCGAGCAGGCGGCAGAGCGGCUCCCAUCGCUGCUGCCCGCUGCCAGCAAGGAGCAGCUGCUCUAUCUGUACGCCCGCUACAAGCAGGUGAAACUUGGAACCUGUAACACCCCCAAGCCAGGCUUCUUUGACUUUGAGGGAAAGCAGAAAUGGGAGGCUUGGAAAGCCCUGGGAGAUACCAGCCCUCACCAAGCUAUGCAGGAGUACAUCGCUGCAGUGAAAAAACUCGACCCCAGCUGGAAUCCACAGACACCAGAGAAGAGGGGAAAGGAAAACAAAACUGUAUUUGGAGGCCCAGUCAUCAGCUCAUUAUAUCAAGAAGAAGAAAUAAUCAGGGAAGAGGACAAGAACAUUUUUGAUUACUGCAGAGAAAACAACAUUGACUAUGUAACCAAAGCCAUUCAAUCAAAAAAAGUGGAUGUGAAUGUCACAGAUGAGGAGGGCCGGGCUCUGCUCCACUGGGCAUGUGACAGAGGACACAAGGAGCUGGUUUCAGUUCUGUUACAGAAUGCUGCUGAUGUGAACAUCCAGGAUGGGGAAGGCCAGACUGCACUCCAUUAUGCUGCCACCUGCGAGUUCCUGGACAUCGUGGAGCUGCUGCUGCAGGCGGGAGCCGACCCUGGGCUGCGGGACCAGGAGGGCUGCCUGCCCGAGGAGGUGACGGACUCCAAAGCCAUCACCCGGGCUCUGCAGCAGCACGGCCCCGGCCAGCCCUGAGCCCCGGGGGGACGGAGAUGCUCUGCAAUAAACACCCCUUCCCCCCCUCCCUCCCCAAACACCUCGGGGGUUCCAGGGGACCUUUUAAAGCACAGGGUCUGGCUGGGCUCUCCAGCACAUGCCCUGAGCAGGAUGGCAUAGGAGCUUGGCACGUUCUGACGUUCAUCAGUAUUUGAGGGGGGAGGGAGAGGGGAGAAGGGGAGAGGGCCUGGAGGAGGCCUCAAGUGUUAUUUUAAUGUAUCAAACACAAGUACUGUAUGGGCUGUCUCACCAGAGCAGCAUGGGCUGACCUAUCGGCUCCUCCAUGGGGAUGCAGGGCCAGGUGAGAUGCUCAUCUCUCCCGUUCAGGCUGAAUUUUUGGUUGUUUGUUUGUUUUUCCCUGGGUCCAAACAAAUAAUAUAAAUAAAAGCACAGUGUUGGGAUCAUGCCUCGA